UAACAUUUAUCUUCUGUCUCCCUCUCUCUCUCUCUCUCUGCGUUUGAAUUAGAUUUUCCGAUCGGGCGAUUCUUUUUUAGUUCCAUCUCUUUCUUGUUGUUCGUCAAGGAGAUCAGUUUGGCGUAGCAUGGAACCGAAGGCUGGAGAAGAAGAGGGAAUAAUUUUGGCAACUGGAGAUGUUGAGCCAUAACGAUCUUAGGGCUUGGGUUUUAAACAUUUCGCACAAUGACCAGCACUGAGGCAGGAAUGGGUCAGUCUACAGAACAAAAGAAGAGUGUCUCUGCCAACAAUGCAGCUCGGUCAUCUCCAUCCAUGUUUAAAAGAUGGGGUAGAAGACACCCAUUUAUCAGAUAUGGACUUCCAAUGAUCUCUCUCACUGUGCUUGGGGCAGUUGGUCUUGGUCAUCUCUUGCAAGGAAGUAAAGAUAUUGCAAAGGUGAAAGAUGAUCAAGAAUGGGAGAUCACUGAGAUGAGAAAAGCCCUGUCAAGAACGGGACCUAUCGAUGCGUAUAAGCCGAAAAAUAUAUCGUUAGAAGAAGAACUGAGGGCUUUACAAGAGAAGGUAGACAUCAACAACUAUGAAUACAAGAGAAUUCCAAAGCCCACUGAUCGAACAUCCUGAAAUUUAGCCCUCCAAAAGUUGCAUACAACACCAGUUCAGGUAUUUUGUAUCCUCACUUGUAAUUCCUUUUGAAGAUUAUGACAAUAAACAUCCUUUUCGAAUGAGCAGAAUGUUCCCUUUUUUGAGUUUUGUUUCAACCUUUUGGAAUUUUUUA